AAAAAAAAAAAAAAAAAAAAAAAACUUCAAUACCGUCAGCUCCAUUUACUGUGUACAGAAAAUGAACCCAUUCCGAGGAUUUCUCAAACAACUACAUAUCAAUUAGAGUUUCCGGUAUUAUUUCAAGAUCAAACUCACAAAAGAAAUACAGGAAAAUAGAAAAAAAACAAUGGAAAGCUUAACAGAAGAAGAACUGGUUCAAAUGGUCAGGGACUUCAUAGAAUCAGAAUCAGCUCCUUCACCAACUUCGGUAUCAGAAUCACUCCCUCUCAAUCAUCCACCUACACGUAUUACUUUACAGGAGAUGAUAUGGAGAGCCACAGACUGUGAGAUUGAGCUCCUCGAGAAAAUCUUGAUGUAUGUGAGAAACAUGGAAAGUGAUCUAGUAGACUCUAGCAAUCUCAAAAAAGGGUUGGUCAUGAAAUUGCAAAUGGAUGGCUAUGAAGCUUCUCUCUGCAAAACUUCCUGGGCUUCCACUCUUGGUCGCCCAAAAGUUUGUCAAUUUACAGGUGAUUAUGAAUAUAUUGAUGUGAUGGUGAUGGAGAAGAAAAAUGAGGAAGAUGGGAAACAAACAAGGGUGAUAGUGGAUGUGGAUUUCAGGUCACAAUUUGAAGUGGCUAGGCCAACUCCAACAUACGAAGAGAUUGUGGCUAAUCUUCCUUCAAUCUUUGUUGGGACUGAGGAGAAGCUUGAGAGUGUGAUCUCUUUGCUUUGCUCAGCUGCUAAAGAAUCAAUGAAAGAGAGAGGCCUCCAUAUACCACCUUGGAGAAAAGCCAGUUAUAUGCAAUCCAAGUGGCUCUCUAAGGACUGCAAUAAAGUUUCUUUCUCUCCGAACAAUAAUAAUAUUGGAAUCAUGAUGGAAAAAUCUGAUGGAAAAUGCACCAGUACUCAUUGAUUUGAUCCUCCGUAUGAUUUAGCCUUUUGGAGCAAAAAAGAUGGCCAAUUCCUCAUCUAGAUAUAUCCAGUGGAAUUGGUCUCCUCUAUUUUCUUUCUCAUGGUGAUCUUUUUGAAGGAACUUUUAGGUCAAUUUUGUAGAGGCAGACCUAAAGUUUUGAUAUUUCUGAGUAAGUUAAUUUCUUUAGAUUUGUCUUUGGAUCACUUGCAGAGUCCAUUGUGAUGGUUUUUACCAAGUUUUGUGCCACUAAGUACUAUAUAUAUGUAGGUAAAUCAUAGUUUUCUUUCAAGUAUUUGAGUUUUUUGAGCUUGAAUUUUGUUGUGCCACCAGCCUGUUAAUUAUAUGGUGUAUUAGAAAAGAGAGGACAACAUUUGCAUAAUUAUGGAUAUGCUUAUAUAUAUCUUUUUCUUUUUUUUUUU